AUGCUGAACGCGUCGAUGCGAGGUGGAGAGAUCGUUGAGCCCGUGUCUCCUGAAUUCUUGUCUCUGUGCGAGCAUGCUCAAGUUGCGUAUGAGGAGGAUCCAGAAGAUCGAAGACUGGCAUACUCACUGAGUCCACCGAUACUCUCUCGUAUACGGAAUUUCAUCUUCGAACCGUAUACCUUGGAAUCGGAAUGGAUGGCGCACUGGGGGACGUCUGAUGAAUUAAACACUACUCGACCCCUUUUCAGCACCUGGAUACAAACGCAUCUGCCCAACCUUCGCGAAUUCGGAUUAGUUAUGCCGCUCAGCAAUCACCUCGAGCAAUGCAUAAACGUAUUGAGAGAUGUUCUCAAUCUUCUAGCCGACGGUUCCAUCAAAGUGGUCAAUCUUCUCUUUCCGAACCCUUUACGUCUUAGUAGCGAAAUCGAUGAUAGUUACUACUUACCAUAUCUCCUCACUCCGAUGCCAAGUUAUAACGGUGGCGGGAUGGAAUACAUGUUUCUCACAAGAAAUGGAAGCGUAUAUAGUUUUGAAAUGUCUAUUGAGCAGACGGGGGAGAAACCUGCUAAUAGGUCUUCGAAAUACAGCUGGGUUGCACCAGAAACAGUGGUUAGUUUUACGCUACUUCCAGAGGACGAAGAAACCGAUAGUUGA